AUGGCAUUGAGUAGGAAAUGUGCAAAUUCAACUUAUAAACAUUCCGUAUGGGACAAUCAAAAAUCUGCUCAUGGAACUUAUCGAGUUAAAAUCAACAAUGAAACGUCAGUUCAUACUUUGAACAGUGUGGCAAAAAAUGAAUUGGCUUGUUGUUCAAAUGCAGAUGUUUUUAAAUUCCCUAUAAUGAAUGAAGAAAACAGUGUUUUGAAGGGAAACUGCACCACAUAUCAGAUUUGUCCAUUAAACAGGAACUAUCGCUCAUUAUCGCGUCAGCACUUUCGUAUUCCUGUGACAUCAUUAUUAUUCAUCGUUUUAUCAUUGGCCUUUUUAUCGAUGCCCCAGUUCUCCUCAGUAGCAGCAGAUGAUUUUUCCGAUGCGGUGAUCGAAUUGACACCCGUUGGUGGCAGUAAUAAUCAUAAUAACGGUAGUUAUGGAACAGGAACGAGCCAGUCAUCAUCAACAGCAUUGCGCAAAGCGUAUACUAAUCAGUUUGCUGUGCGAAUCACUGGUGGUGAUACUCUGGAAGCGGAUAAAUUAGCGGCAAAAUAUGGCUUUAUCAAUCUUGGACCAGUUUUACCGAAUGAUGAAUAUUUUUUGUUCGAAAGUCGACAAACAAGAAAGAGGUCAACAAGGCGUAGAAGGAAUGCUCAAACGAAUUCUAUUGCAAGAGAACCUAAGGUGGAAUGGAUAGAACAACAAAUAGCAAAAAAACGAGUUAAGCGUGAUUACAUGUUGAUGAACACUCUUUCAUCAACUGUGCAUUUGCAGCGAUUUAAGGGCAAUGAAAUUAGUGACGACCUCACAAUAAUAGGCAGUGACGAUGUUCAACAACAAUAUGCAAGCAGCCGUAACAGGAAUGCCGAUAUCCGCAGUGUUGGAAAUUAUAAUUUAAAUGAUCCGUUGUGGUCCGACAUGUGGUAUUUGAAUGCAGCAGCAUAUGAUCGUGGCUUGGAUCAUAAUGUACGCGAAGCUUGGGAUCUUGGUUAUACAGGAAGAGGUGUAGUUGUAACGAUAUUGGAUGAUGGUUUGGAACGAACACAUCCGGAUAUUGCUCCAAAUUAUGAUGCGAAAGCUAGUUACGACGUGAAUGAUCGUGAUGAAGACCCAACACCUCGGUAUGAUUACACAGAUGAGAAUAGGCAUGGAACACGAUGUGCUGGCGAAGUAGCUGCUAUUUUCAAUAAUUCACUGUGUAUUGUUGGAAUCGCCUAUAAUGCUCGAAUUGGCGGGAUUAGAAUGCUGGAUGGUGAUGUGACCGAUGCGGUAGAGGCAACCAGUCUUGCUCAUAAUUCUGACCAUAUCGAUAUUUAUUCGGCAAGCUGGGGACCGGAUGAUGAUGGCAGAACGGUUGAUGGACCAGCAAAAUUAACACGAAGAGCUUUCGAAAAAGGUAUUCGUGAGGGUCGUCGUGGUCUUGGUUCGAUAUUUGUUUGGGCCAGUGGAAAUGGUGGUAAAGAUGCCGAUUCAUGUAAUUGUGAUGGAUAUACUAAUAGUAUUUAUACAUUAUCUAUAUCGUCCGCAACGGAACACGGCAACAUACCGUGGUAUUCAGAAGCUUGUAGCUCAACACUAGCUACUGCAUAUAGUAGCGGUGCUACUGGUGAAAAAAUGAUUGUAACAACAGAUUUACAUCAUUCCUGUACAAAUGCUCAUACGGGUACGUCGGCAAGUGCACCACUAGCAGCUGGCAUUGUUGCUUUAACUCUGGAAGCAAAUCCUAAAUUAACAUGGCGGGAUAUGCAGCAUAUUGUUGUUCGCACCGCUCGACCGCUCAAUCUUCGUGCUGGUGAUUGGGUAACAAAUGGAGUUGGAAAGAAAGUAUCACAUUCAUUUGGUUUUGGUUUAAUGGAUGCUGGUGCGAUGGUCCGAUUGGCUAAUAACUGGACAACGGUUCCGGAACAGAGGAAAUGCGUCGUCUUUUAUCCUGCUAGAUACAAAAUAGUUCCACACGGUAAUCGAUUGCAGUUGCAACUUUAUACAGACGGUUGCUCAAGCUAUUCUCGUAACAAAGUAGGAUAUCUUGAACAUGUCCAGGCAAUCAUUACUCUAACUGCACCUAAACGGGGUGAUAUACAAAUUUAUCUCACUUCACCUUCAGGGACUCGAUCAACUUUGUUGGCGAAACGAGCUCGCGAUACUUCACGGACAGGCUUCAGAGAAUGGGCUUUCAUGACAACUCAUAACUGGGGCGAAAUGGCUGUCGGUUUAUGGACAUUAGAAAUUAAUAAUGAUGGGUGGGAUGAUGCUGAACUGAUUCGAUGGGAUUUGGUUCUUUACGGUACAGCGACAGAAGUAAGUAAUAUAGGAGGUACACCUUCGGCAUCUUCAUCUUCGUUGACACCGCGUUCGUUGUCUAGUAAAGUACGGAAUCGCUAUGGUGCAUUAUGGGAAGACACAUCCGCUGCGUCUAUCAUUACUGCUUCCAAUAUUAUAGCUUUAUUUUUUUUACUGUGUUUUAUUUAUUUGAACUUUCCAUCCGCGGAAAAAUCGGUUAAAUAUUAUUUUGGAGUUUUCCUGUUACCAGCAAAUGUUUCCUUGAGACAUUCUGAUUAUUUCAUGGUUCCGAAAUGUUAUCGUGUUCAUAGCGAUCAUUCUUGA